CGGCGCGGGCCUAGGGCGGCGGGCGCGGCUGAGGGCGGCGGGGCCGGCCGACCGGCCUCCCUUUCCCUCCCUCCCGGCGGGGAGGGGGCCGGCUGUCGGCGGGGGCCGCCCGGUUCCCGUGGCAACGCGGGGCGCGGCGGCGCAGGCGGCCGGGCGGCGGCCGCCGCCAUGGGCAGCUGGGCCGCGGCGACAUGGCGGCUUGGUGGCUGCAGCGGGCGCGGCGGCCUCCGCGCCGUACCGCGGCGGCGGGGCAGCUCCCGCCCCGGCGGUGGGGACCGGGCGGCGAUCCUGAGCGACCUGCUGCAGAGCUCGGUGGCGGCCGAGGAGCCGGGCGCGGCGGCGGCGGCGGCGGAGGCGAGGCGGCAGCGGCGGUCCCCCCUGGAGGGCACGGUGCUGCUCUUCCCCGGGCAGGGCAGCCAGUUCGUGGGGAUGGGCCGCGGGCUGCUGCAGUACCCCGGCGUGCGGGACAUGUACCGCUUGGCCGAGAAGGUGCUGGGCUACGACCUGCUCUCCCUCUGCCUGGAGGGGCCGCGGGACGAGCUGGACCGCACCCGGCACUGCCAGCCCGCCGUGUUCGUCGCCUCCCUGGCCGCCGUGGAGAAGCUCAACCACCAGCAGCCUAAAGUGGUGGAGAGCUGCGUGGCGGCGGCGGGGUACAGCGUGGGGGAGUUCGCGGCGCUGGUCUUCGCUGGAGCCCUGGGCUUUGCCGAAGCGCUGUAUGCGGUGAAAGUGCGCGCCGAAGCCAUGCAAAAGGCGUCGGAAGCUGUCCCCAGUGGAAUGCUAUCGGUUAUCAGUCGGCGAGAGGCAAAUUACAAAUUUGCCUGCUUGGAAGCCCGUAAACACUGUGAAUCACUGGGUAUAGAAAACCCCGUGUGUCAAAUCUCAAACUAUUUGUUUCCAGACAGCAGAGUCAUUGCAGGACACCUACAGGCUUUGGAGUUUUUGCAGGAGAAUGCCCGAAAAUAUUAUUUUACACGUACAAAAAUGCUUCCAGUCAGUGGGGCUUUUCAUACCAGACUUAUGGAACCAGCAGUAGAGCCCUUGGCUGAAGUCCUAAAAUCAAUUGAGAUUCAGAAACCACUGGUCUGUGUCUAUUCCAAUGUUGAUGGCAAAAAGUACAUGCACUCAAAGCACAUUCAGAAGCUGUUAGUGAAGCAGGUGGUUUCACCUGUUUUGUGGGAACAGACCAUGCAUUCUGUAUACGAAAGAAAGCAAGGAGCAGAAUUUCCUUACACGUAUGAAGUGGGGCCUGGAAAGCAACUAGGAGCCAUUCUCAAAAAAUGUAAUUUAAAGGCCUGGAAACAAUAUAACCAUGUAGAUGCUCUGGAAGAUGAGGAAGCGGCAGAGACCUAAGUAGCCUUUUGAGAAAAAUCCACGCAAGUUGUUUUUUCUGUCUAAUUUAAAAAUACCUUCGUGCUCCCAAAAGAGGAAGUCUUAAACAUUCACGACUUCUCGUGAUGAAAAGAGCACCUUGUGCGUAAUCGCAAUGAACGUUUUCCUUCCCCGUGUGUCUCAGGUGUGGAAGGGCUGAGAGCAAAGUCUGGCUCUUCCAUCUGUGUUGGGACCGUAAAACUGCCAAUAAACAUGCCAAAUAGCCUUCUGUUUGGCCUCAAUCCUGCAA